AUGGCGAGCCUUUUGCACUGCCUUGGCUUCCUGCACGCAGCUCUGCCCCAAGAUCUGGCAUCAGGGAGCCCUGGGACCCUGGUAGGCUUGGUCCUAGGCGUUCACAGCUGUGAGGUUGAAGGGGGCAUCCCCUUCAGCAGGACAGUGUCCAGGGUGGAGUCCUUUGAGGACCGCUCACGGCCACCUUUCCUACCACUGCCGCUGACCAAGCCACGCUCCAUCUCCUUCCCCAAUGCCGACACUUCUGACUACGAGAACAUCCCUGCCCUGAGCUCUGACUAUGAGAACAUCCAGCUUCCACCUCGGAGGCCCGUGAGGCCUGGCACAUUUACAAAGCUCUUUGAGGAGCAGAGCCGGGCCCUGUCAGCUGCCAAUGAGAACGAUGGCUAUGUGGAUAUGAGCAGCUUCAGUGCCUUUGACAGCAGGAUGCAGGGCUCGGAGCCCGAGGCUGAGAGCGCCUAUACAGAGCCCUACAAGGUUUGUCCUGUCUUGGCAACGGCACCCAGAGAGGACAUUGGAUCUGAGGAGGAACAGGGCAGCUCUGAGGAAGAGGAUGGCACCCAAAGGGACUCCAGUGUCGCUCACAAGGUAGGCAUGGAAGGCAUCAGAAACCCAUGUCACGGGGCAGUGAAGGCCCUCCUGCCCUCUGCAUCCCUGCUGGGCUCUACAGGGUCACCGGUUUCCAUGUUUCAGGAUUUCCAUGCGGCUGUCACAAGGGCCCUGGACAGUGUGGAGGACACACAGACGCGGGACGAGUUGCGGCAGGGCCUGGACGAGCUGCCUGCCAUCCACUCACUGCAUCAAUGCAUCCUGCAGGAGCUGGAGCAGAGGCUGGGCGAUGGGGAGGGCCCAUCUAGGGUGGCUGGCAUCUUCCUGGCCCGUGAGCAGGAGUUUGACCACCACGCGGCACUGAUUCUGCACUUUGACCAAAGCCUGGCUCUGCUUUCCCAGACCUGUGCCCGCUGUCCCCACCUGGCCGCUGUUGUCUAUGACUUCGAGCAGCAGGGUGGCCAGCGGGUGAAGCAGCAGCUGCUGGCAGUGGUGCGGCGCCCGUUCCAGUACCACGCCCUCCUCACAGACUAUCUGAACAACCUCUGCCCAGACUCAGCCGAGUACAAUGACACACAAGUCUCCUGUCCACAGAUGACUGACGUGCUGCUGUAUACCCACCCCCAGAAGGAUGGGAAGUACCGGCUCAAGCGCUCGCUGCCUGUGGCGGGUAUGAAGGUGAGCCAGGGAACACGGCAGGGACCAGUGAUGCCAAGGUUGACCACAGGGCUGAAGGUGGACACCAUGACUGACCCGCUUGCCUGUGUUCACAGCUCUUGCGCCGAGAGGGAUGAGUGGCACAGCUGUCUAAGCAGGGCUGUCCCUGAGGACCACGAGGCCCAGGCCCUGGCCGCCUUCCACCACAGUGCUGAGCUCCGAGAGAGGCUGGGGGUCAGCCUGGGGGAGCAGCCACCCACACUGGUGCCCGUCACACAUGCCAUGAUGUGCAUGAACUGCGGCUGUGAUUUCUCCCUCACACUGCGGCGCCACCACUGCCACGCCUGCGGCAAGAUCGUGUGCCGGAACUGCUCAAGGAACAAGUAUCCCCUGAAGUACCUCAAGGACCGCAUGGCUAAGGUGUGCGACGGGUGCUUCGGGGAGCUGAGGAAGAGGGGCGGGACCCCGCCGGGCCCCCUGCGAGAGCGGCCCGUAACCAUGAGCUUCCCACUGUCCUCACCCCGCUUCUCCUCGGGCAGCGCCCUCUCCUCCGUCUUCCAUAGCAUCAACCCCUCCAACUUCAAGAAGCAGAAGAAGGUCCCAUCAGCCCUGGCUGAGGUGGCUGCGUCAGGCGAGGGCUUGGCCAUCAGCGGCUACCUCAACCGGUGCAAACGGGGCAAACGGCCAUGGAAGAGGCUGUGGUUUGUCAUCAAAGGCAAAGUGCUGUACACCUACACAGCACAUGAGGACAAAGUGGCCACUGAGAGCAUCCCUCUGCUGGGCUUCACCAUCGCACCAGGGAGGGAGGAGAGCAACAGUGACCCCAGUCCUGUCUUCCACCUGUACCACAAGAAAACCCUGUUCUACAGCUUCAAGGCUGAGGACAUCAGCACUGCCCAGAGGUGGAUGGAGGCCAUGGAGGAUGCCAGUGUGCUAUAGCAUUACCCAGCACAGGACUGGAGCAAGCUCACAGGGGACAGGUGACUGCUGGAAGCCACACCACAACCCAGCCCACCCAGCACUUGAGAGGGGACCACGGAGGAUUGCCAAACCUGGUCUCUGUCGUCGUGUUUCCCAGCCUGUCAUGAACGAUUUCCUUACCCAGCAAAGAGAUAACAUGGAGUAAUGCGAAGACGUGGAAACCAGUAGAAACUUCAGGUAGAAAUGCAGGCUUGCAGUAGGAACAGCUUUUCUGGUCUGUCCUCAUGGUAGAUUUAUCACCUUUCAUGGUGUCCACUGGUCCUCAGGUGAUGUAAACAGUGGUAGUGACAGCUCCUGUCCUCCCAAGCACUUUAUCGUCCUGCUGAGCUGCAGCCUUCAGUUCCGGGUUUCCCAAGGCUUUAUUGCAUUCCAUGGACACUGAGCCACCCAGGCCACUGUCCUCCACGCGGCAACAAUGAGGCAGGAAAGUCCUUCCUCUGUCCGAGCACACAGCAGCAUCCUUACCAGGGUGGGUCUCCCAGAAUCCCUCCAUGGUGCCCUCUAUACCCCCAGGUCCUUGUGGACCCUCAGAAGAUGACGUCAGCUCUAAUUUAUUGUGUGCCUUCCUGCGCUUGCCACUCGUGCUGGCAUUGCGAGUUUACAGAUCCAUCCUCCCCCAGAUACACCAUGGAUAUUUCCAAAAGAAGUGAAAAGGGAGAGAAAAUGGGAGAUCAGAAGGUGAACAGGAGCGGCUGGAAGAGGAGAUGCUGCACCCUUGGGCUGUGAUGUUGCUGUGGGUUCCAAGGGUAUAGGCUCAAGGGCCACAUCCCUGGUGGGCAGUGUCCCCAUUUCCAGUAGGAGUGUGGCUGCUGCCACCAGGCUAUCACCAAGGACACUGUAAAGAACCACUAUCUGAGGACUAGUUAUGUACAUUCAUUAUUUCCAGGGAAACAUUUUUUCUAGUUUGCAAUUCUUUUAAAACGUUUACAUUAAACAUGCCCUGAUUCAAACCAGGGAGCAGACAGAUCUUGUGUUAAUCCUGAGGGCUCAGUUCUGGUGGAAUUGUCUCCUCACACCCCAUCAGUGCCCGUCUGUGGCUUUGGCUCCUGUGGUUUUAGCUACCCAGGGUCAACUUUGGUCUGAAAAUAUUAAGUGGAAAAUUCCACAAAUAAAUAACUUACAUAUUUAAAACUCA